AUCUCCUACAAACACCUGUCUGUCUCUCAGUUGUGUUCUUCGAUCCUCUCUCUCUACAUACCUAAAAAUCUCGGCCAUUUCGAUCUCAGAGAGUAACGAGAAAGAGAGGAUUCGCCAUGACGAUCACAAGAAGUGUUUUGGAAUCGAAGACGGACAAAUGCUAUGCUCCGAGUUUCAUGGCCAUUAAUAUCUGUCUUGCUUUAAUCGAUGGCGCUCUCGCUCUCAUCGCAUUCCUUCAGUUAAAUCGGUUUCACAGGAGGGAUAAACGAGUUGGAUGGACACGGCAGAAAGUUCUUCAUCUUAUGAUUGGCUCCUCAAACACUGGCUCGCUUCUUUAUUUUGUGGCUGCGAUAAUAGAAACUUGCACAAGGUGGCAUCAUUGGUCCAACGCAUUCGGUUUUCUGCUUAUGGCCUUUCCCAAGAUUCUGUUUCUUGCAACUUUUCUGCUACUUCUCUCUUUCUGGGUAGAUGUUUGCCAUCAGGGAAAUGGAGAGGAGGAUGAGGAUGAUGAAGAUGAAGAAAAUAGCAUCCAGCAAAUGUUGCUCGAGAAAAGCAAGAGCAAAUCAGGUUCUUCCAGUGCAAGUGAUCGCAGAAAGUGCUGCUCUUUCCAUGGGAUUCAUGUCGGCACCCGACAAAAGUUUGUUGCUGCUGCGGUUGUUCUUGUGUUCAUCUUAAUGAUAUCAUUUGCAAUCCUUAUCUGGAUUGCAUCCGGAGAUAAUUCUGCAGAUCCUUCGUUAUUGGCUGAGGUGUAUGUAGAUAUUUUUGCUUCAAUAAUCCUAAUCACUGGAGGAGGUCUAUGCUUCUAUGGCACGCGUCUGCUCUUUAACCUAAGGAAGGUCCGGUCGGAACAAGUUUCAUCAGAGAUGCGAAAGGUAUCGGGUUUAGCAGGCGUGUCAGUGGUAUGCUUCACCGUGAGCUCUUUAAUCACUCUUUUCACUCACAUUCCGCUCUUCUAUCAUUGGAAUCCAAACAAGUUACACGGCAUCAAGGCAUUGGUUCUUCUGAUCAUAUACUAUUUCAUAUGUUCGACCUUACCAUUAGCUUUCGUUUUAUGGGUGUUGAGGGAGUUACCCCCUGAAAACAAUGUGAAUAGACAAGAAGAACAAACAAGAAUCACUUAUGUCAACUACGAUACUGUUGCAAGGCAGCCUCGUCAGCAGUGGACCUCCACAACCGUUUCAAAAAACCAGGUUUCUAAGGCAAGUCCAAUAUAACUCAAAUGAAACAUCAUAGCGAUUGCCUGAAUCAAUGUUCUUCUCUUGUUACCUGGGAAAAACCUCAUUGAGUUGCGUAAUGGAUCUAGCCUGAAUAUGGUGUUGUGGUGCUGGAGUGAAACUAGAGCUGAAACAAGCUCGUUUUCUACUCCCUACGUGGCCUUGGAAACAAGAGUGUGCUUAUAAGAUAUAACUGGAGGUUUAAUCCCAGAAAGCUCUGUAAAUAUUCUUUUUUGGUUACAGUUUUUUUUACAGUUUUAGUUGCAUGAUAUGUGGAGAGGCUUGUGGAUACACAUAUGUUCUUACUUCCCAGUAACUUAUUGAACCAGUCUCAUUGAUCUGCUUU